ACGAGCAGAGGCAGAUCAGCGGAGCAGACAAGGACCCGGGCUGAGGCAGCAGCAGCAGCAGCAGCAUCCGCACCAGCAGCGCCGCCACAAAGGGAGCUCAGUGCUGGUUGAGGCUCGACUCUCCAAUUCUCUUCUCCAGGGUUUGAGAUGCUCCGGCUCGGCGGCAACAUGCGCGGCUUCUCGGCCCUGCUCUCCGUGCUCCUCGCCGGGCUCGCGGCGGCGUCCUCGGAUCUGUUUGACAACCAACUGGGCGACAUCAAUUACUGCAAAAAGCAAUGCCAGCUCACCAUCAAAAACAAAAGCCCUGCUAAAGACUCCAUAAUGAACGCCUGUCACCGCGGCUGUCGUCUCUACUCCAUCUGCCAGUUCGUCAAUGGCAACGCCGGCUUCAAUACCAGCAGGGAGGAGUGUCAGGGAGCCUGCCAGGAGGCAUAUAUUAAGCUGCUGGAGCAGGAGGCCUGCUGUACCGGCUGUGCCAGCCAACCCUCUGAACCUGAGAUCAAGAGGAGGAAGCUCAGGGCCAUGACUCUCCGCCCAAAGCCCCCCUCUGUGAUGGAGGCCGUGUCCAGCUGGUGCAACGACAUCGUCAGCUCCGCACAGAGCUUCAUCUCCUCCACCUGGACCUUCUACCUGCAGGCUGAUGAUGGCAAGGUUGUGGUUUUUCAGAGCCAGCCAGAGAUGGAGUACUCCCUGCCCGAGCUGCAGGCUCCUCGAUCCAACGUGGCAGAUAAACCCUGGCCUCAGGUCCACUCUCACACCCAGAGACCCCAUGGUGUGAGGGGACAUGGCGAGAGGGGAGCAUCCAAAGCAGGAGGCAAAGGGAAGCACCCAGUCCAGCACACAGACGACCCCACUGCUGAGCACGACUUCCUCGGCUGCAUGUCAAGACGUUCAGGCCUUCCGCGGUGGAUUUUAGCGGCCUGUCUCUUCCUGUCCAUUAUGGUCAUGUUGUGGCUCAGCUGUGCCAGCCUCGUCACCGCACCAGAGCAGCACAUCAAGACGCAGCUGAGCAUCAACGGAGAUAAAGAGUUUCUGGAUAACGCCCACAAAGUCAACCCGUACCACCUGAGUCCUGUGAUCGCCGUCGCCAUGAAACAAUCGGAGGAGAGCCAGGAGGCAGGGCCGCUGCCGGUCAAAGUCGACCUCAACAAAACCUGUGUUUAGAAAAGGACCAACGGGAGAGCUGCUGUCUUGUUUCCCAGGGUAACCAUGUUUGAAAUCCGCGGCCCGUCGGUACAAGGGGUGAAACAAACACAUCACAGGACUCAACCAGUCACCAGAAUUUUUAAAAAACCCAUAUUUUUAAGAGCAUGGCACCCUCCCGUCAUUUAAAAUUAUGAAACAUCUAGCUUGGUCUUGUUGGUCUGAUGGCAUUUCAUUUCCUUGUACAGCCCAGAUUUCUUCAAGUCCAUCCUCAGAUUAUCUUUAACGAUCAGCCUGCUCAUUGCUUAUUGAUAAGUGAGUGCUCUUGUCUCUGAGCCAUGCUGGAGACAAGCAGGGAGGAUGGAUCGCAGCCGAAAGCUUUCAUAUCGUUUUUCAUGUCUAGCGUGGACCAGAGAUGACAAACGCCCAGAUUCAUUGUAGAUUUAAUUUUGCCUCGUUCUCACAGAGAGUUUGGAUUAAUUGAUGGGUUGCUGAGAGCGAAAAGUGAAAGAGAGGAAAGGAAGAUGAAUAGAAGGUGGGCUGAAAACUUUGAGAGCGCUCCUGUGAGCUCUGCAGGAAGGAUUAGAGAUUUAAAAUCAUAUUUUCCCCCCUCACAAUGUAAAACAAUUCUCCCCAAGUUCGGAGAAACGUAGACAUUCUUACUCCAAAAACUAAAAUAGCAUCUUCUGUCACCUUAUUUCUCUGUGUGUUUGUGUAUGUUUGGAUAUGUCUGGAUGUGUGUGUACAGCACACUAAUAAUAAAAACUGGUAGGUUUCAAACUGGACUGAAAACUGGACGCUCUGUCAAAAACAAAAACUUUAUUUAUUUUCUACUCUAUUUAUUCAGCGUCAUCAUCAUGAGUUAACUGUUAAAUAGUGUUAUUGAAGUGCCAUGUACAGUUAGUUCAUCAUACAAAUGUAAUUGCUCUGUAUGUAAAAAUACAUUCGAUUGGGAAGAGACACAUAGAGGGGAGACUGCACCUAUUACUGUAUUAUUAUUCUCAUCAUAUUAUUGCUCUUAUAUCACUUCAAGAGUUCUUAGCUGUUAUAUGUGCCAUGUGCUUUCUAAUAGCUGACUAUUUUGUAUGUCUUAGGAGCACACACUGAAGGAUAACCUCUGUAACAAUGUGUAAUGCAAAAGCUUUUAACAUAGACCGUUAUUAUUGAACAGAGUUGCACAGUCUUAGAGAAGAUUUUUUCUGUUUUCCUCUCAGUGCUUUUUGAUGUCCUGUAACGCUCUUUUCAUCCAGGCUGCGUAGACAAUAAACCGUGCAUGCAAGUGAUGCUUUGAUAGUUUAGCUUAACCGCCCGCCAUUGUCAGUAUGGCAAGACUCUACUGUAGACUUGUGAUUUUUGUGUUACUAUUUACUGUAAACAUUGAAUAGAAUGUGUAAUUAUGGAUGACGGCAUCCUCGUGAUUUUACGGGAAGGACUCUUAAUUAAAAAGCCAUUCAAUCGAUUUCCAUGCUGGUUCAGACUGAAGGUAUACAUCACGAGGAGUAUGAUAUGGAUUUCAAACUGUAUUGUUUCCUUUUUACUGGUCUGUUUAUUUUCAAUGAAAUGAAACUGACAACAUGAUGAAAUAAAGUGUUUUCAUUGUAAAUAAA